AAAUGAAAGAUGGAAGUGAUGAGAGCAGAGCUUUCAUCACUCAUCAGCACAUUGUGAUAUGAUUUGCAACAGUGAACUGCUAAUCAGUAUGUGCUAUUUUUUGCAACUUCUUGUCUUUAAACCAAAAGUAGAUGGAAAAUGAAAAUAGUGAAUAGCAACAGAGGAAAAGUGUCUUGCAUGAACUCAUCUGUUCUCAGUUUCCAGUCAACCAUGAGGUUCAUCUCCUGUCAGUCGAGCCUUGGGGCUGUAGUUGUGGUUACACUCACUGUGGUGUCCUGCGCUGAAGCCAAGACUACACCGAAGCCAAAGUACCCGUACACGAAGAAGCCCGUCCCUCAGAUCACAGUGCACAGCCCUGUGGCCACCAGCAUGCCCAAGACACCCAAGGUAGUGGCCAGCCCCAAUCCUGCAGAGCCCCACCCUAUGCCCACCACAGAGAGAACCACUUAUCCAAGUCACCUCUUUCCCCAGUACUACACUGAGAGUACCGAGCCCCCUGGUGUUGGCCCUGAGAACUACACCCUGGAUUACAACGAGUGUUACUUCAACUUCUGUGAGUGCUGUCCGCCUGAGAGAGGCCCCAGGGGGCCAAAGGGAGACAGAGGCCUGGCAGGAACACCAGGUGAAAGAGGCCUUGCAGGGGCAGCUGGUUUACCAGGACUACCAGGUGUGAGUGGUCCUAUGGGGUUUAAAGGAGACAAAGGGGAUAAAGGUGACCGAGGAAACAGUGGGACAGCCGGGCCACCAGGAGUCCCAGGGAAACCAGGACAAAAAGGUGCUGUUGGCACAAAAGGUGAGAAAGGUGAAACAGGGCUGCAAGGUGUCAAAGGUGGUAGCGGAGAGAAAGGGGAACCUGGCCGGAAUGGGACUGCUGGUGGGAAGGGUGAACCGGGAAAAGAGGGGCCAGCUGGACCUCCAGGAAUGGCUGUAGAGCCAGGUCCUAAGGGAGACAAGGGGGAUAACGGGGAGUGUGGCGCAUUUGGGGAGAGAGGACAGAAAGGUGAUCAAGGGGAUCCUGGGCCUCCUGGCAUUCCAGGAGGGAUCGGCAUUCCAGGAAUGAACGGCAAGCAUGGUUCCCCAGGUCCUGUAGGCGUCCGAGGAGAUCCGGGAUCUCCUGGACCACAAGGACAACCAGGGGUGAGUGGGCCCCAGGGGUCACAAGGCAUGCGAGGGAUGCCUGGGCCAAAAGGAGAGAGAGGUUACCCUGGGAUGAGAGGUGAGCGGGGUGUUCGUGGAUUCAAAGGGGCUAAAGGCUCAGGGAUUCCCCAGAGACGCUCAGCCUUCAGUGUAGGCAUCUCUCCGAGAAAGUCCUUCCCUCCCUCUGGCUUCCCGAUCCGCUUUGACAAAAUCUUCUACAACGAAGAGAACCACUUCAACGUCACUUCAAACAGCUUCACGUGUGCCCAUGCUGGGGUUUACGUCUUCUCCUUCCACAUCACUGUACGCAACCAGCCACUGCGAGCCACACUGGUAGUGAACGGUGCACGGCGGGUAAGGACACGGGACUCUCUGUACGGUCAAGACAUCGACCAGGCGUCAACUCUGGUGGUGAUGCGGCUGGCGGUGGGUGAUCAGGUGUGGAUGGAGACACUCAGAGACUGGAAUGGGGCGUAUGCCAGCAGUGAGGAUGACAGCAUCUUCUCUGGGUUUCUGCUUUACUCAGAUAAGGCCUGAUACUCAGUAGCGGUACUGACAAUCUCUUCUUCUGCUGUACUGUUCCAACUUGACCAUAUCUGAGAAAAGACCAAAUACUGGUGGUGCUACACUACUAUACUCAUUACUUAUGAACUGCUCGAAAGCUACUGUACACUAGUCUGAAUAUUUGAGGACUGGCAAUAUCAAGGUCAUGUUUAUUGCAUCAUCACCUUGCUAGUAUUUUCUUGUUUUACCGUCUGAAUAAAAAUGAGAAAACUCCCAAACACUCUUGUUUAUGGCUGGUAUAUUUAUUUACAAUGUCUUGAUCUACAUGACCUUCAUCAGGUAUAUGAACAUGCAUCGCAGCAGUUCUUUAUAUAUACAUAGAUGCAGGGUAAAUGAUCCAAUCCAGAAAAAUUAGGUUGGCGAGUGAAACAUCUUGAGAAAACACAUACUUUGCUAUCCAGGUAAUUACGGGAAGAAGG